AUGACGUCCCGGAAAACGCAACAGGAGAUUGACAAGACUUUCAAGAAGGUCGCUGAAGGCAUCGUAACCUUCGAGGGCAUCUACGAGAAGAUCCGCUCGACAACGAAUCACACCCAGCGGGAUAAGCUCGAGGAAAACCUGAAGCGCGAGAUCAAAAAACUUCAACGGUAUCGAGAUCAGAUCAAGUCAUGGGCGUCUGGAAAUGAAGUGAAGGACAAGGGUCCGCUGCUCGAGCAGCGCAGAGCCAUUGAGACCUGUAUGGAGCAAUUCAAGGCCGUCGAGAAAGAGAUGAAGACGAAAGCAUACUCCAAGGAGGGUUUGUCUGCAGCGUCGAGGCUGGAUCCUAAGGAGAAGGAGAAGGUGGAAACAUGCGAGUUCCUGUCGAAUAUGGUCGACGAGCUACAACAAAGGAUCGAGGCUAUGGAGGCCGAAGAGGAGACGUUACAUAUGCAGAUGAAGAAGGGGAAGAAGGAUGUGGCCAAAACGAAUCGUCUAUCAGAUAUCUCGCGGAUAACGGAGCGUCAUAAGUGGCAUGUCAAUAAGCUGGAAUUGCUCUUACGGUCGCUGCAGAACGGCAACGUCGAAACGCAACAGGUCCUAGACCUCAAAGAGAGUAUCAAGUACUAUGUCGAAGAUGGGCACAACCUAGACUACUCAGGCGAGGACGAAACUCUAUACGAUGAUCUGAACAUGGACAAUGAGGCAGAGAUGCAGUUCGGCAUUGCGGGUGACAACGACCGCGUAUCGUCGCAAGAUACCCAGUCGAUUCAAGAGGAAGAACCGGAGUUGAUCAAGUCGAAAGCGAAGAACGACACUGCUGGCCCUCGACGACCUUCCGCCCAGAUGAAAUCUCCUCUUCCCGUGUUGGCUACGCUCCACCCCGCGACAUCAACAAGUGCCACCUCUGGCAUGAAGCCCGCCCCGCCUCCAACGCGCCUGCCAGGUGAGACACUCAAGUACGCCUCUGCAGCCGCCGCGGCUGCUGCCAGCGAUAAGAACGGCGUAGGCAUCGCACCUCUGCCACCGCCGCCAGGCGCGAGCCCCGCUUUCCCGCACGCUGUACCUGCAUCCAAACCCUCCACCUCCACAACCGCAUCCCCUAGCGUCGCUCCUGCACAACCUGUCGUCCGGACUUCUUCGGGAGUCACGAUAGCAGGCGAGGAGUCGAGUGGCAGCGGAAAAUCCAAGACUCCUGCCGCGAGUCCGCACGUUGCCAGCGCAAGCACAUCGUCGCGAGGCAUGCAACCACAGACCCCUGCCAUGGAGAAGGUUGAGGCCUCGGGUAGCGAUAACAAGCUACGAGCCACGACGACCAACGGCGAGUCGAGCAGCAAGGAGGCAUUGCGCGACAGCGAGGAGUCUAUUUAUCAUCUGCCGCCGGGCCUGCAGGAUCUUAUUCAAUCAUUUGAAGUGACCAAGAGCCGCGCCGCCGCCAGUGCGACCAACCCAUCCCCGUCGGUGCAGCGCUUACUGGCCGCCUCCCUUGCCAAUUGCCCGGAGCCGGCCGACGCCGAGAAACCCCGUCACUACAAGCCGCAGAACCCGUACAACACCCCGCUCUAUUACCCCCAGGAACCUCUCCCAAUCUUCGACGACCCGCGGCUCUACGAGACAGGUCGCAUUGACACCGAUACUCUAUUCUAUCUGUUCUACUACCGCCAGGGCUCGUAUCAGCAAUACUUGGCCGCCAAGGCGUUGAAGAACCAGAGCUGGCGGUUCCACAAGCAAUACCAGACGUGGUUCCAGCGACACGAAGAACCUAAGACCAUCACCGAGGAGUUCGAACAGGGAACCUAUCGCUUUUUCGAUUAUGAAAGCACAUGGAUGAACCGUCGCAAGGCAGAUUUCAAGUUCGUCUACAAGUACCUUGAGGACGAACUGUAA